AUAUAUUAGAUGAUACUUUACUACUUUUUACAAAUAUGUCUGUGAAGUUUUGUAAUAUAUUUAAGAAUUCAGUUGAACAAUUUCAAAUAUCAAUAAAUAAAAUAUUAAAGCAAACUUGUAAGAUAUUUGUCCAAAAAGAAAAAAAGAAGAAUAUGUCAAGAAGUUUUAAAAAGUUUGAUAAUGCAUUAUUUGAUGAGUUUUUUGAUAGACCAGAAAGAUUACAAAAGCUUACACAACAAAUAUUAGAG